CUCAGUCGAGUCGCAUUACAUCCGUCUCCCGUCAUCCGGUUGUAAGGUUUACAAUCAGCACGACUGCUGACCUAUUUCCUUUCUCUGGCAUGUUAUUCAUCUGUGGUCAGAAUUGUUGAUCUAGUCGACUACCAUCCUACCAUCCUUUGCAUAAUCAUCUCGAAAAGUCGUUGCAUUGAACCUCAUCUCCACGAAAACCUCGACCAGACAUCCCUCUUACCCUCUACCCUUCACCCUCUACCACCUUCCAUCUCUCUCAUCCCAAUAACCCAUAGCUACACACACCAUCAAUGUCCACAACGACCGGCGCCUUCAUCGCCGGCGGCAUUGCCGCCUGCGGCGCCGUGACGGCAACCCACCCCUUCGAAACCGUCAAAAUUCGGCUCCAACUGCAAGGCGAACUACAAUCCGCCGACGUGGCGGUGAAAAAAUAUCGCGGUGUAUUCCACGGCGUCAACGUCAUCGUGCGCAACGAAGGCCUCCGCGGAAUCUACCGUGGUAUCGGAUGCGCCUAUGUCUACCAAGUCCUCCUCAACGGCUGCCGUUUGGGAUUCUACGAACCUCUCCGCGCCGCCUCCACAAAACUCAUCUUCAAAGACUCCAACGUGCAAUCUCUCGGUGUGAAUAUCUUUUCUGGCGCUGCGUCGGGAAUCCUGGGAGCUAUGGCAGGUUCACCGUUUUUCCUGGUCAAGACGAGAUUACAGUCUUUUUCACCGUUUUUACCCGUGGGGACGCAACAUACGUAUAAGAAUGCGGUGGAUGGGUUUGCGCAGAUUUAUAAGGCGGAAGGGAUCAAAGGUUUGUAUCGUGGAAUGGGGGCAUCGAUGGUGAGAACCGGUGCGGGAAGUUCGGUGCAGUUGCCGACUUAUUUCUUUGCGAAAAGGAGAUUAAUGCGUCAUGCUGGUAUGACUGAUGGUCCGGCCUUGCAUCUUCUCAGUUCGACGGCGAGUGGGUUUGUGGUUUGUUGUGUUAUGCAUCCUCCUGACACCGUCAUGGCCCGACUUUACAACCAACAUGGAAACCUCUACAGUGGAAUAUUUGACUGUCUAUGGAAAACCAUCUCUACGGAAGGCAUCUUGUCCGUCUACAAGGGAUUCACUGCCCAUCUCGCCCGAAUCCUUCCUCAUACCAUCCUUACCUUGACUCUGGCGGAACAAACCAACAAAUUCGUCCGUGGUAUUGAGACGAAAAUCCUACCGAAAAGUGUUCUAGAGGAGAAAUUAUAGUGAGGUCUUCGAGUAUUCGACAGUGGAUUGCCUGGUGGAUUGCCUAGUGGGUGUGUGAUUGAAUCUCUUGCUGGUAUGGCAUGGAAUGCCCUGAAGAACACCUGUCAACACAUCGCCAUUCAGAGUCAGAGCCCUUGAAACCACGGAUCAGGGGUUUCACUAGAUGGCGAACUACCCUACUGCAUCAAAACGAGUCUGGAUUCGGAGUAUCGGUCUUUUGCCUUGCCUUGCUAGGUGGCACUCGGAAGUUUUCAUUCCCGAGGCAACAAAAUCUUAGGGGAUGAUCUCGCGAGAUACCCAAAUCCUUGGUGUCAGAUGUCAAGAUGUGCAUGCAACUCGAAAUGUUGGAUUGGAACAGAGGUAACUGACGUUCUCAUUCUUCCUCGACUUUGAAAGGGGCACAAAAGAAGGGAAGAUUAGAGGCAUUAAGCAGGAGAGAUGAGAGGAGAACGGGUCGAAUCAACCUGACCUUUCCCAACCCGGGAAGUCCAAGGCAAUGUUGGCCGACUGAGAUACAGAUUGUUG